AUGUCGAAUCUUGCAAAGCUUGAGUUUAUGGCUUUAGACAUUACUGGAAAAAAUUAUUUAUCAUGGGCUUUGGAUGCUGAAAUCCAUCUAAAUGCCAAUAACCUUGGGGAAACAAUUAAAGAAGGAAAUAAAACGAGUACCCAAGAUAAAGCAAAGGCAAUGAAUUUCUUACGCCACCAUAUUCAUGAGUCAUUGAAAAAUGAAUAUCUCGCUAUCAAAGAUCCACUCGUCAUAUGGACCAAUUUAAAAGAAAGAUAUGACCAUCAAAAAACAGUAAUAUUACUAAGAGUUCGUUAUAAAUGGAUUAAUUUAAGGUUGCAAGAUUUUAAGUUUAUAAGUGAGUAUAACUCAGCAAUGUUUAGAAUCACGUCACAAUUGAUUCUAUGUGGUGAAAAUAUUACUGAUAAGGAGAUGUUGGAAAAACAUUCUCCACCUUCACGCCUUAAACAUUGUCUUGCAACAACAAUAUCGUGA